AUGGCCAACCAGAGCCUCUUCGAAUCGGCCCUGCCGUCCCUUCCUUCGUAUAGCCUCGAACCCACGGGCGACGUCUUUGCCUGGAUAUCCGACUUCUGGCUCUCCCUCGUCCUGCCCGUCGUCGUCUACUGGGUCAUGUCGCUGUCCUUCCACGUCGUCGAUGUCCUCGACCUCUUCCCCCAGUACCGCCUCCACACCCCCGACGAAAUCACCCGCCGCAAUCAUGCCAGCCGCUACGAGGUCGCCCGCGACGUUGUCGUCCAGCAGCUCAUCCAGGUCGUCACCGGCGCCGCCCUCGCCAUGACGGAACCCCCCGAGAUGUUCGGCAAGGCCGAGUACGAUGUCGCUGUCUGGGCCACCCGCCUUCGUCUCGCUCAGCGUGCCCUGCCUAGCCUGCUCGGCCUGCUCGGCCUCAAUGCCUCGGCCAUCUCCAAGAACAUGUCCGCCUCGCAUCCUCUGCUGGCCGGCGCCCUCGCUGGCGGCUACUAUCCUUUCCUGGCCACCUCUGACGCCGCCGCCCCGGCCUUUGCCCCCUGGGAGCUCACGGCUGCCAAGCUCAUCUACCACGUCCUGAUCCCGGCCCUGCAGUUCUUUACUGCCAUCUUCAUCCUUGACACGUGGCAAUACUUUCUCCAUCGCCUCAUGCACAUGAACCGCUGGAUGUACACUACCUUUCACUCGAGGCACCACCGCCUCUACGUCCCCUAUGCCUACGGCGCCCUGUACAACCAUCCCAUCGAGGGAUUCCUGCUCGACACCCUCGGCGCUGGCAUGGCCUUCAAGGUCACGGGCAUGACGCUGCGCCAGGGCACCUGCUUCUUCACCUUCUCUACCAUCAAGACCAUCGACGACCACUGCGGCUACGCCUUCCCCUGGGAUCCCCUCCAGCUCAUCACGAGCAACAAUGCCGCCUACCACGACAUCCACCAUCAGACGUGGGGCAUCAAGGCCAAUUUCUCGCAGCCCUUCUUCACCUUUUGGGACUCGUUGCUGGGCACCAAGUACAAGGGCAGCCGCGCGGACCGGCUCGCUGACAGGCAGCGUGCCUCCGCCAAGACGACAUAG